AUGUCAUGGAAAUCAGACCUUCCCAAUCUGGCACCCAAGUUUCCUUACCUCCUGCACGAAGUCCUAGCUGUAUCAGCCAUCCAUCUCCAUCAUCUCAACCCCAGCAGCUCGAUCAACUACCAGCGCGUGGCAUGGGGCCACCAAGCCAAAGCUUUUAGCCAGUUCCGCGAUGCGUUGUCCCCGGAAGUGGCUGUCCACCAAGUGCACGCUCUAUUCGCUUGCUCAGCGCUCAUGUCCAACUACUACUUCGCUUCAUUCGAAAACCCCUCUUCACUCCUAUUCAACAGCGACCCUCCCGGACCCCCCGAAUGGAUCUUUCCCGCUCGUGGCUGCGCAACGCUCGUGCGCCAGCUGAGAGGCCCUUUGGAGGCUAUAAGAUAA